CGCCCCGCCAUGGCGCCCGAGGAGAGCGAGGAGGCCGCGCGCCUGCUGCGGAGUUUCGAGCGCCGCUUCCUGGCGGCGCGCGCGCUGCGCUCCUUCCCCUGGCAGAACCUGGAAGAGAAAUUAAGAGACUCAUCGGGUUCCGAGCUGCUGCUGGAUAUUUUGCAGAAGACCGUGAAGCAUCCUCUGUGCGUGAAGCACCCGCCGUCAGUGAAGUACACCCGGGGCUUUCUCUCAGAGCUCAUCAGAAAGCACGAGGCUGUCCACGUGGAGCCUUUGGACGAACUGUACGAGGCAUUGGCAGAGGUCCUGACGGCCGAGGAGCGCACCCACUGCCACAGGAGCUAUCUGCUGCCUUCCGGGGACUCAGUCACACUCUCUGAGAGCACGGCCAUCAUCUCCCAUGGCACCACGGGCCUGGUCACUUGGAACGCCGCCCUCUACCUCGCGGAGUGGGCCCUCGAACACCCAGCAGCCUUCACUCACAGGACUGUCCUGGAGCUCGGCAGUGGAGCUGGCCUCACGGGCCUGGCCAUUUGCAAGAUGUGCCGACCCAGAGCAUACGUCUUCAGCGACUGUCACAGCCGUGUCCUCGAGCAGCUUCGGGGGAACGUCCUUCUCAACGGCCUCUCAUUGGAGCCAGAUGUGACCACUCCUGUGCAGCACCCAAGACACGACACCCACGACCCAGAGAGCCCCAGGGUGACAGUGGCCUGGUUGGACUGGGAUGUCGUGACGGUCCCUCAGCUCGCUGCCUUCCAGCCGGACAUCGUCAUCGCUGCAGAUGUGCUGUACAGCCCAGAAACAGCCCUCUCCCUGGCCGGCGUCCUGCGGAGGCUCUCUGCGUGCCGCGAGGACCAGCAGGCGCUGGAAGCCUACGUCGCCUUCACCAUCCGCAACCCGGAGACGUGCCAGCUGUUCACCGCCGAGCUAGGCCAGGCCGGGAUCCAGUGGGAGACAGAGCCCUGUCACGACCAGAAGCUGUUUCCCUAUGACGAGCAGUCGGAGACGGCAAUCCUGAAACUGACGCUGUAGGGCUGCAGACGUUUUUGGAGAUUCAUGUGAACGUCAAAUCACUACCGGAAAGAAUUUACACAUGGGAAAGCUGAGGAAC